UUGUGUGUCAAUGCCUUGAACAAGGGAAACUGUGCAGUGUCAAUCAUAAAGGGAAUACCGGCUCGGUAAAUGGCGAAGACUUACGAUUACCUCUUCAAACUCUUGCUAAUAGGAGACAGUGGAGUGGGAAAGACAUGUCUGCUGUUCAGAUUCAGCGAGGACGCGUUUAACACCACCUUCAUCUCCACAAUCGGAAUUGAUUUCAAAAUCAGAACUAUUGAGCUCAGUGGGAAGAAAAUCAAGCUGCAGAUAUGGGACACAGCAGGGCAGGAAAGAUUUAGGACGAUCACCACGGCGUACUACAGAGGCGCUAUGGGCAUUAUGUUGGUAUAUGACAUCACCAGCGAAAAGUCAUUUGAGAACAUUAAAAACUGGAUCCGCAACAUCGAGGAGCAUGCAUCAUCUGACGUAGAGAAGAUGAUCCUCGGAAACAAAUGUGACAUGAACGACAGGAGACAGGUGUCCAAAGAGAGAGGAGAGAAAUUGGCAAUUGAUUACGGGAUCAAGUUUUUGGAAACAAGUGCAAAAACCAGCAUAAAUGUCGAAGAGGCCUUUUUCACACUUGCUAGAGACAUUAUGGCUCGACUUAACAGAAAAAUGAAUGAUGGUGGUCAAGCAGAUGAUGGGGGGCCUGUGAAGAUUUCAGAGAAACGCUCCAAAAAGCACAGCAUCUUUAAAUGUGCUCUGCUGUAACUCGCUGUGUAUCUGCGACAGCCAGAAAUGCUCUGCUGGUAUAAAAUAUCACAUGAGCCCCUGUAAAGAGCUGGACUAUCAGGCUCAAGAAUGGAUGAAGGUUCGUGUUUCCAAGCCCUUAAAGUCAAGAUGGAACAGAGGAAUGAUGCAAUUUGAGAGAUUUAGUGGGUUCACUCGUUGGUAGAGUCAGAAUAGGAAAUGUUUCCAUUGUUGUGUGGUGAUAAUCGAGAUGAGUAUGGCAAAAGAUAAUGGAUCAGAUAUGAACGGUUUUGUUUUGAAACAAAUGUUUUUGUUAAAUAUUCUUUGUGGACAUGGCACAUGCUGUCUUAAAACAUUCGCUGCUGAAGGCUUAGAUGUAUCUUGUACAGUAUUUCUGAAUUAGUCAGUGAGUCUUGUUGUAAUAUGUUCCAGAGUGUCUUUUAUACAGCAUAUACACUGCGUUCUUGCACUGGUCAAAAAAAAUGAAUAGAGAAGAUAUGUAAAAUGCAAUUUUUGGAAUGCCAGUGGGUUAAAAGCACUUUAUAUGUGUUUUCAAUGAGCUCUCCUCACAGGCACAUGUCCAUGUAUAGCACAGACAGUCAUCAAUCCAUCUGCAGGAAGGUUGCAAAGAUAGAACAUUAUGGCUGCAGUGCAUGAAGGGGAGAAGGAACAUCUUCAGCUCAGGUAUCAAAGGCAACACAUCUUACCUGGCAAAGUCACCCAUAGGAAGUAAGUGUGUCUGACACAGCCAAACCGGAAAACCAUCAGUGUAAAGAAAAUAAGAUAAAUUGGGCCUGUGUUGUGCUAUAGCUCAUUAGCAUUAGGGUGAUAAACUAUAGGGUUUAUGUUCAAAUUCAGUCUUGCACUGAUUUGUGAAAAAUUUGUUUUGAUUUGAAUUUUUUUGAAUAUGAAGAUGAUCAUUAAUUGUUUAAUUAGCUAUAAAUGAUCAACAAUUAUUUAAUUAAUGUUUUAUUUUGAAAACGGGCUGCUUGGCCAUGUGAAAGCAAGUAUAGAGACUAAGGUCUUUAUGGCAAUGCUACAGUUUGUUUUGUAUUUUGCAUAACAAGAAAGCUUAAAUGAAACAUUCAGUUGACAAACAUGGUUUUAUAUGUUUUUCAUGCUUGUACUGUCAUUAUGUGUAGUUGUUUUUGUCAAAGGAUGCAGAGUGAAUGCAGUUGGUUAGAUUAACACUUUUGUUUUCUAACAAGAGACAUUUAGGUCUCCUAUUCAAGCUGCACUGAUAGUUGUGUCAGAUGAAGUAGUAAUGAUUACAGCAAUAAAACGUCCCCAUUUGGGAAUUCUCUCUUCCGACUAGUGCUGAUAUUGGGAACCUUAAUGCCUUGGAACUGUAUCCAUUAAUCAUUUGUAAGUCACUUGGAUAAAAGCAUCUGCUAAAUGAAUAAAUGUAAAUGUGAAUGUGAAUGUAAUCUGAGUUGGAGUGUUUGAAUCUGGAUACCACCUAAGUACACUGAAUGAAAGUUUUAGUUAUCAUUAUUUUACUUUGACAAAUGUACCAUAUAUCAUGACCACUGAUUUUCAGAUGGGACCAUUGUUAUGCAUGAAAUUUUUAUUCAUAUUUUUAAUUGUUUGACCGAAUUUUUAAGAGAUAACUUCGUUAUUGGACUCUAUAAUGCGAUCGGUUACCUGAAAAGUUACUAUAUGCUCAUUUAAAAGUGUUAAAACCUUAACAAAGAAAGUGUGAACAAGAAUUUGAAGUGUGAUUUUAUUAAUUGUAGACUUUUAUAACCAAAGUAAAUACUGUAUAAACC